AUGAUGAUACCGCUGCGAAAGAGCCGGAGGGUGGAGGAUACACAGGUUGGUGCAGGAACGGUUGCUGCUAUGCAGGAAGCAAUGGCUGCCUCCGCUGCUGUCGUUACGCCAAUGAGGCAACUAACAGUGUGGGGAUGCAGAAACACAGCCGCAGCCAAGUCGCAGAGAAAUUGCCUAUGGAAGAGGAAGCUUCUUGGAUUCGGGCUCAGAGCCGACCCUGAAAAAGGGAGCUAA